AUGGUUAAAAUUGUUAUUGCCGGAAUCCCAAAAAAUCUAAAAUUAUUGAAAAUAUUAUCAUUUUUAAAUACUCUCGUGGAAGAUCUAAUGAUAAAUGCAAGUUUGACAAAAACACAUUAUAAUAACGACAAUACAAAACAGAUCACUCUAGUUGUUAGGGCUGCUGAUGCACCUAGGCUGAGAAAGGCAGUUGAUGGCCAUUUGUACAGAUAUGGAGGACGAGAUUUUCCAUUAGAAUGUUGGCAAGAAAGUGUUGAAGAGCAAAAAAUGGCAAAAUCAUCUAAAUUGAGUAAUGCAAUGAUUAAAGAUGCAGAAUAUCUUAAUAAUCCAACAGCUGCAUUAAAUGAUGAACUUCAAGCUAUAGAUCACAAGAUUGAGUUGGUCAGGAAACAAAGAUUUUUGAUUGAAGAGGAGAGCAAAUUGUUGCUAGAAAAAAAGAAAUUAGAAAUAUUAAAGAACAUCGGAGUGAAUGAUGUUGAAAAACUAAAAAAGUUUGAAGAAAUAAAAGAUCGUAACAAUCCGGCCGAGAUCGCCGAUCUUGCAAUAGAGGUUGAAAUGCCUAACGUGCAAUCGAAAAAAGCUACCAAUAAACUGCCAAACUUUUACGGCCCUUGCAAGGCACUUUUUGCUGAAAUGAAGGACGUCAUACAAAAGUAUGUAAACCCUGACAACAAAGCUAUAUUGUUGCCGCUGAUUCGGUCAACGAUCAAAAAGCGUUUGGUUGUCGUUCUUAAAGGCAAAAAGUUUUUGGUGGUACAGGAUAUUUUGCAAGUGUAUAGAGCAACAUAUCCGACCACAACUGAUGAACAGAUGCUACAAUCUCUAGUUGCUACGAUCAGCCAAAGUUGCUGGCCCAAAAGUGGUAAAAAUGAUGAAGGUCAACAACGUGAGACUGAAACCAUAGCAACAGAUGCUCAAGAAAAACAAGGAGAUAAAGAAACAGAAAAUUCAAAUUUGAGCAUAAUUGAUUUGACACGUGACGAACUGAUGAACACAAGUCAAGAGAGUGGAGUGAAUGAAAGUAAAAUAAUUGAUCCCGUAGAAGUGGAUGACAUCGACCUGGACAACGACUUAGACGACUGGGAGGAAGAUAAUAUGGUUGCUGAGACAAUGAAUGAAGAAAGUACUAAAAAAACUGUGGAAGAAAGCGCAGAAGUUCAGGUGGAAGAAAAAAUAUCUGAAAAAGAAUCUGGAACAGAAGAAAUGGAAAUUAAAAAAAUAGAAAACGAAGAUGUCGUUAUGGAAGAGAAGAAUAAUGAAGAGGAUGACGUAAAAAUGGUAGAGAAAGAAGUGGAAAAAGAUGCUAAAAUAAAUGAUAGUAAGGUAGUUGAAAUAAAUGAUCAG